CUCAGUUUAGCUUCAUUUCUGUCUGUUUUCUCCCAUGUCUCAGUCUACUCCACAGGGCCUGACCUUCACUCUAAUAAGUGCGGCCUUCUUCGGAGCGCUGGGCUCAUCUUAUCUCUACGGCUACAACCUCUCCGUGGUCAAUGCACCCGCAAUCUACAUUAAAAGAUUUUACAAUAAGACAUGGAUGGAGCGCUAUGAGGAACCCAUCGGAGCUGAGACGGUCACCCUGCUGUGGUCUGUCACUGUGUCCAUCUUCGCCAUCGGGGGCCUGGUUGGUGCUCUCACUGUCCCCUUUCUCAUCAAAGUUUUUGGAAGGAAGGGCACCUUGCUACUGAAUAAUGUGAAUGCGAUAAUAGCUGCAUUACUCUUGGCUUUGGGAGAAACCGCAGGCUCUUUCGAGAUGCUUAUCAUUGGUCGCUUCAUCAUUGGCUUGGACUCUGGUGAGUGCCCCUCACAUUCAAUAACCCAGCAACCAGGUGCCUCUCACCCCCCAUUUUUGUAUAUCCACUGCAAACGUUAA